GUAUGCGGUGAUCGAAGCAGCGGUAAACAUUAUGGUCAGUAUACAUGUGAAGGGUGUAAAAGCUUUUUUAAACGUUCUGUACGUAAAUCAGCCAAUUAUGUAUGUAGAUCUGGUGGACAAUGCCCAGUCGAUGCACAAAGACGUAACCAAUGUCAAGCAUGUCGUUUAUCACGUUGUUUAUUAGCUGGUAUGAAAAAAUCUG